AUGACCCCAUAUCAUCCUAGAAUAGCCAUUCUGGGUGGUGGCCCUGGUGGCCUUACUCUUGGGCGGCUUCUCUACAAGAAUGGCGUCCCCGUCACGAUUUACGACCUAAGAGAUAAGCCAACAUGGGAAGAUCUCAGCAAGCCCUGUGGGAUGUUGGACUUGCACCAAGAAUCCGGCAUCUCUUCCCUGCGUGAGUGCGGACUAUAUGAGAAGUUUUUGCCGCUCACGGGAGAAUGUGCUGAAGAGGCCAAGGUAUAUCAUCAUGAUGGACGGCUCUUGCACCAUGAUUUUGGGGGAUCAGAAGAAGGCGCCCGCCCUGAGAUCUCCCGUCAUGCAUUAAUACAUCUCUUGGUGUCUAAUAUUCCGCCGGAAAUGAUCAAAUGGAACCACAAAGCCAUAUCUGUGGACAGUUUAACUACUGCGUCUGGCAAUACGGAAAUGGUUGUCGACUUUGGGCCCAGGGGAAAAGAAACCUUUGACUUCGUAAUCGGUGCGGACGGUGCAUGGUCCAAAGUUCGAUCGUUUUUAACGCCCACCAUGCCAUAUUACGCUGGCAUACAAAUGAUGACACUCGAUUUGCCAUCAGUCUCAACAAAAUACCCUCAAAUUGCCGACUUUCUAGGAAAUGGAACCAUGAUGGCCCUCGGUUUUCGGAAUGCUGUCUUGGCCCAGCGCGGCGCACAAGCAUCCGCUCGAAUCUAUUUAGCCGUAAGCACAUCGGAUGAAGUAUUUGGGGAGGUCACGGGUCUAAGAGGGAGAACUGCCAGAGAAGCAGUACAAACCCUGCUUAAUGAGGACGGUUUAUUUGCAGAUUGGGCUCCAGCCUUUCGAGAACUUAUCUCAGCAGCAUGUGAGGCGGAGACAACGGAAAACUCAAACGACAAGUUAGACAUAAAGCCUCUCUACAUGCUACAUGUCGGACAGUCGUGGGAUACCAAGCCGGGAGCAACACUCGUCGGCGACGCUGCGCAUUUAAUGACGCCAUUUGCUGGAGAAGGCGUGAAUCUGGCCAUGUGGGAUUGCCAGGACCUUGCAUUGGCUAUUACUGAGGCAACUAGAGCUGGAAGCGCCAAUGUAGCCGGCUUUCAGCAGUGUCUGCAUCCACUGGUCAAAGAAUUUGAAAAGAAGAUGCUGACUCGUGCCCAAACAAAAGCAGAAGAGACUUGGGCAAACAAAAAGAUGAUGUUUGACAGCGAUAACGGAUCAGACAACAUGGCGGAAUUUUUCAGGAGUGCUGGGCUUGGCACACUGGUAGUGAUAGAGUAG